AAUCCUAUUUGCAAAGUCGAUAUCAAUAGCCCAGACUGCCAGGAAUGGAUGGUCCAAGUCUAUACGAAAUGCCGGGACCUCCUCAACAAUACGGAUAUGUUGCCCAUGUGGUGGCUGGACGAUUCUCCUGCUGUCUUUAAGGCGGACGUCGAGGGCAUGACCGCCGUGGAUUGCCAUCGGCUGAAGCGGGAACUGGCCAAGGAAGUGAACGAAGAAGCCGAAGUGGAGGCGAAUGAGUUCGAUCUGGGCAGAAUUAUGGGUCUCGUUCUGGCCUUGGCUGCAAUCUUUGUUCUUUUCAUUCUCCUAUGCGGGCUAAAGCGGCGAAAGAGAAAUUCUGAUGAGGUCGAGGCUUUUAAACCUGAGCCAGAGGAAGCGCCACCAAUCUUUCGUUUCCUUAAAAAGAAUAAAAAAAGGGUCUGCAAAAGCUGGAUGCGAAAGAACUGUCGACCCCUUUUCCUCCACAACGAGACACAAAUAAAAGAGUUCAGUAUCAAGGCUGAAAGGGAGGUGGCUGUCCAUACCGAACGCACCCAGCAGAAGAUUGCCCUGUGGACAAAGGCCCGGGACCGGGAAGCCCAGAAGAAAAUGGAUAAGCUCCAACGAACCACAGAAAAGGCCUCGAGAAAGAAAAAACCGCAGCAUCAUUGAUCGACUAUGGGCACAACAGUUUUA